AUGGGGCUGUGCUACAGUCUGCGGCCGCGGCUCUUCGGCGACCACCUGAGCGGCUCCAUCUCCAACGCCGCCUCGGACUCGGAGCCGCAUCCGGACGCGGCGGCGGCAGCGGAGGUAUCCGCGCCGACCCGCACCCAAGGAGCUCGUCCCGCGGAUGUCAACAGCGGCGGAUGCCGACCCGGCCGGGAGCACGGCUCCUCCGGGGACGCCGUGCUCAUCCAGAACGGAGGAGGAGGAGGCGGCGGCGGCAAGGGGACCUCGUCGUCCUCCGCGGCGGCGGCCAAGGAGCGGGGAGGACGCCGCCUGCAGCUGCCUCACAAAAGCAACAAUAGCGGCCCCAAGCAGAAAAACUGGGACAAGCUCCUCUUGGAGGAGAAGGAGGCCGAGAAGGAGGCGAGGAAAGUCAGCAAGAGCAUCGACCGGGCCCUUAAAGAGCUUAAGCGGGAAUACAAGCAGACGCACCGGCUACUGCUACUCGGUGCUGGGGAGUCUGGAAAGAGCACCAUAGUGAAGCAGAUGAGGAUUCUCCACGUCAACGGCUUCAACGCAGAGGAAAAGAAACAGAAAAUCCAAGACAUCCGGAAAAAUGUCAAGGAUGCCAUAGUGACGAUAGUGUCAGCGAUGAGCACUUUAAUACCCCCUGUCCCGCUAGCCAACCCUGAGGACCAAUUCAGGAUCGAAUACAUCAAGAGCAUAGCACCUCUCUCCGACUUUGACUACUCACAGGAGUUCUUUGACCAUGCAAAGAAGCUGUGGGACGAUGAGGGGGUCAAGGCGUGCUUCGAGAGGUCCAACGAGUACCAGCUGAUCGACUGCGCACAAUAUUUCCUGGACAGAAUUGACUCAGUAAGACAGAGCGACUACACGCCAACAGACCAAGACCUGCUACGCUGCCGAGUGUUAACUUCAGGGAUUUUCGAGACGAGGUUCCAAGUAGAUAAAGUUAACUUUCACAUGUUUGAUGUCGGAGGUCAGCGGGACGAGAGGAGAAAAUGGAUCCAGUGCUUUAACGACGUCACGGCUAUCAUCUUCGUGGUGGCCAGCAGCAGCUACAACAUGGUAAUAAGGGAAGACAACAACACCAACCGGCUACGGGAAGCCCUGGACCUCUUCCGCAGUAUUUGGAAUAACAGGUGGUUACGCACCAUCUCUGUCAUCUUGUUCCUCAACAAGCAAGACAUGCUCGCCGAAAAAGUGUUAGCUGGAAAAUCCAAAAUCGAAGACUACUUCCCCGAAUAUGCUCGAUACACCAUACCAAAUGAAGCAACUUCCGAACCCGGCGAGGACCCGAGAGUGACGAGAGCAAAAUUCUUCAUUCGAGACGAGUUUCUUCGGAUCAGCACGGCGAGCGGUGACGGUCGCCACUACUGCUACCCGCACUUCACCUGCGCCGUGGACACGGAGAACAUUCGGCGGGUUUUCAACGACUGCCGGGACAUCAUCCAGAGAAUGCACCUGCGGCAGUACGAACUCUUGUGA